UACUGAUAAUUUAAUUCCAUCUCUCAAAAGUUGUCGCAAUGAUAAAGGUAUUUGUGUAGAGGAUCGUAAAGAACCAAUACAGCUGACAAUUCAACGAUUAAUUGAUGCUUUACAUUCAGAAAAUAUCAAUGUGCCGAAUAAUUUGUUGUAUCGUGAGAAAACUGGACAUGAUGGUGCUGGUUCAAUGCCUAUUUACAGGUCAAAUGAAAAUUCAAUGUGUGAUCCAAAUAUUUUUUGUAAAAUGUUUGUACCAUUAUCACUGAAAGAUGAAAAAACAGAUACAAUUUUAUGGCACAAUCUAUCACCGAACAGUGCUUUUUAUACUCGACCAUUACUGCUAAUUGCUGAAAAAGAAAAUCAUGAAUUACUUCGUUUUGUAAAUGAAAAAUUCGAGUAUGAAGAAAAAAGUUUAGAAGAAAAUGGAUUAACAUUUCAAUAUAAAAACGAAACAUAUAGUGUCAAAAUUAAAAUAGAAGCGAGCAUGAAGGACAUGAAGGUUAGAAUGGCUGAAUCAGGUUUAGGAGGUGCUGAAUGUUUAAUGUGUAGCACAAAACAAGAAGAUUGGAAAGAUACAAAAAAGAUUUCAGAUCCUGAUUUUUUCAAUAUUAAUCGAACAGCAGAAAAGACCCUUGAAUUAUAUUAUCAAUUAGUUGAUAAUGAUGACAAUAUUUUAAAACGUAAAAAUGAUUAUGGUACUCGAGCAGGUUUAACAUCUGAGCCGGUCUCAACAAACGAUCAACAUUUUAUCACUAUCACUCAUCAGUAUAUUAAUGGCACGUCCUGGUUUCUAAGGAUCAUGUCUCAUAUGCGUGCCGAUAUAUUAUGGUGGAUAGUUCUUGGAAAAGAUAAACAAGAACGUAUUGAAAAAGAAAAAAACACAAUCAUAGAAACUAUUCAAACUAAAACUGGUUUACGUUUGAAUCAAUGUAAUUCUAAGUCAUGUACAACUGGUGGUACAAGCACCACAGGUGGAGAAGGACGAAAAUUUUUUUCAUAUGCAGUUCGAGAUGUCUUAGUAUCUUGUGUUCCAUCGCAGCAUCGUAAAACACUUCAAAAAUUAAUUCAACUUUAUUCUAUUAUCUUGAGAGCUGUUUCUUCAACGAAAUCGAUUCAUGUUCCUAAAUUUAAAGAAUUAAGUAUCGAAUUUCAAAACUUAUUGGCAAAUGAAAAAUGGAUUGACUAUACUAUGACUGUUCAUUCGUUAGUUUUUCAUUCAUGGGAAUUAAUAGAACGAAAUCAUGGUAUAGCUUUGGGAGAAUUAUCAGAAGAGGCUCUUGAGAGCUGUAAUAAAGAUGUUCGCAACUUUCGUGAAUUUUUAUCAAGGAAAUGUGGACAUAUAAUGAAUCUGACAGAUGUCUUUAAUCGACUUUUUAUUCGUUCCGAUCCAGCCAUAAGAAAAAUAAUUACCGAUGCAUUUACAAAACGCCAAAUACAUUCACAAGCACAAACGACUACAUUACAACCAUUAAACGAAGAUGAUCAGAUACUACAUAGUGUAUUUUUACAAAAAUAA